AUGCAUGCUCAUGUUCAAAGAUACAGAGAUGCAAGGCAGAAUGUGAAAAAUGCCUGCGGUGGAGCGCUCGGGCGAUACCCGCACUGUGGGCGGAAUGAGCACCACGAGUUCAAGCACAGACCAAGCAACUGCUUGUGUUGGCUGGUCCUGCUGCUGCUGCUCAUGUCAAGCCUGCUCCUGUUUGAGGACGUGGCCUCCAGUGUCUGCGACCAGAAACGCAUCCAGAACUAUGGAAAGCAGAUUCUACCCUUGAUCCCUGAGGCUCACGUCAUGUUCUACUUCAGUAAAUCACUCAUGAAUGAAUAUGAGAAGAAAUAUUUCAAUGGACCAUUCCCCUUGAUUGUACCUUUUGAUGUUUGCCACACAGCCAUCACCCCUGCUCUGGAUGACAGAAGCCACGAAUGGGGGAUUAAACAUGUACAGCGUCUCAAAUAUGUGCUCAGUUUAUUGAACUCCUGGAGGGAAUCCAUGAAAAUCCUUCUAAAUGAAGCAUAUCACCUGUUGGAAUUUAGUACUUCUGUGAAAUACCACAUCAAUCAACGUUCAGGGCUUAACCAGCAUCUUCAAGAAGUCCUAAUACAGCUUUCCAGCCAGUUUGAUUAUGAAAUUACAACAGAUGUGGAAUACGCUCCCUAUAGAGGACUUCAGAACCUGCAAUCAAAUGUAGAACUUGUUCGCCUCUUUAGUUUUCAGAACUUUUUCCGCUGCAUGUUUUAUGAUAACCGUAAAAUUGUUGAGUACCUGAAGGAGUUGUUGGUUGAUGUUCUUAAGUACAAUAAAUGCUGA